ACUCAAAACUUAUUAAUUUAGGCAAAUAUUAAAAAUUGGCUUAAAAAAGUAACGAAGGGCUAGCUAGUAGUGGACUACGAGUCUACGACUACUGUAUAUAUAGCCUAUGGUCGAACGCCAUUUGUUGGCAACGAAACGACGGGAGCGCGCUAGCUUAGGACAAUGGGCGCCUGCAGCGUGAGACUUGCGGCGGCUCUGCUGGUGCUGGUGGUCACCGCGGCAGGCAGCGCCACGAUCUGCGCGGCGCAGCUCCGGCGCAACUACUACGCUGGCGUCUGCCCCAACGUGGAGUCUAUAGUCCGCGACGCCGUCACCAAGAAGGUCCAGCAGACGUUCAUCGCCGUCGGCGCCACCGUGCGGCUCUUCUUCCACGACUGCUUCGUCGAGGGGUGCGACGCGUCGGUGAUGGUGGCGUCGACGGCCAACAACACGGCGGAGAAGGACCACCCCAACAACCUGUCCCUGGCCGGCGACGGUUUCGACACCGUCAUCAAGGCGAAGGCGGCGGUGGACGCCGUGCCGCGGUGCCGGAACAAAGUGUCCUGCGCAGACAUCCUCACCAUGGUCACCAGAGACGCCAUCGCCCUGGCCGGCGGUCCGUCGUACGCGGUGGAGCUGGGGAGGCUGGACGGCCUGAGCUCGACGGCGAGUAGCGUCAACGGCAGGCUGCCGCCGCCAUUCUGGAACCUCGACCAGCUCACCGCGCUCUUCGUGGCCAAUGGGCUGUCGCAGGCCGACAUGAUCGCCCUCUCCGCGGGCCACACAGUGGGCUUGGCGCAUUGCAACACCUUCUCGGGCCGGAUCCAUGGGCCGACUCCAGACCCAACGUUGAACUCGACCUAUGCCGCGCAGCUACGGGCCUGGUGCCCACCCAAUGUGGACCCGCGGGUCGCGGUGUCCAUGGACCCGGUGACACCACGGGCCUUUGACAACCAGUUCUUCAAGAACCUACAGGCCGGCAAGGGUCUGCUCGCUUCUGACCAGAUCCUCUACUCGGACCCAAGGUCCAGGCCCACCAUCGACGUGUGGGCUCGGAGCAGCGCAGCAUUCAACCAGGCCUUUGUGGCGGCCAUGACCAAGCUGGGCCGGGUCGGGGUCAAGACCUGGGCCCAGGGCAACAUCCGACGCAAUUGUGCAGUGCUCAAUUGAUUGAUUUCAAGCUACUACUUAGAACUGAGUGUUGAAUAAACCUUAGAAGCUCAUUAGUUUAAGUCAAUUAUACUUUCUAUUUCCCAAGUUUGUAGGCU